AUGUUGUUUCUCCUGAUGUUCCUGGUGAACAAAACAGUUACUCUGAGCUGUCCUGCAAGUGAUGCCUUUCCUGUUCCACAUGAGUGGUACCAGCCUGGUGACCUUAUCAUUGGUGAAAUUGUGUCUCUCAUGGUUUACUCCUUUUAUGAAAUUCCAUUCAGACAACACCCUUUUGUAAACUUUUAUGAUACACCAAAUGUAAUCCCAAAAUUCUACCAGCAUGUCCUUGCCUUGGCCUUUGCUGUGAAGGAGAUCAAUGAGGACUCCCACAUCUUACCCAACAUCACUCUUGGGUUCCACAUCUAUGACAGUUACUACAACCCAAGGAUGACCUAUCGCACCACUCUGGACCUGCUUUUCAAAUCCAAGGAAUUUGUCCCAAACUACAAAUGUGAUGGCCAGAAAAAGCUCAUGGCCAUCAUUGGAGGAUUAGAUUCUCAUACUUCAUCUUCUAUGUCAGAAAGUAUAAAUGUCUACAAGAUUCCACAGUUGAGCUAUGGCUCUUUUGCCCAAGAGGAAUUUCAGACUACUGAGUUAUCUUCACUUUACAGCAUGAUCCCAAAUGAGGACCAUCAGUACAUUGGAGUUAUACAACUUCUUCUCCGUUUUGGAUGGACGUGGAUUGGAGUCUUUGCUGGUGAUACUAAUAACGGAGAACAUUUCUGGCAGAAACUGCAGCCAUUGCUUUCCCAGAAUGGCAUCUGUUUAGCUUUCACCCAAAAAAUUCCAAAACGAGCCCAGUUGGAAGCCUUGUCAGAAUUGUUUGAUGCAAUCUCAAUUAUUUUUAAUAAGCUGAUAGAUCAGAAAGCAAAUGCUUUUCUCAUCUAUGGAGAAUCAUUCACACUUCUGUGGCUCAGAACUGUUGUUUUUCUACGUGAUCCUGAAAAUGAAGAGAGUGCAUCAUUUAGAAGGGUUUGGCUCCUGAUGAACCCAAUUGAUUUCAUACUGACAGGAAUGCAAAGGGGUUGGGACCUCCAGAUGUUCCAUGGGGCUCUUGUCUUUGCAAUUCAUUCAAGAGAAAUUCAAGGGUUCAAAGAAUUUCUUCAGGUUAUCAAACCUUCAGCCCAUGAAGAUGGAUUUCGUCAAGAUGUUUGGGAUCAAUUGUUUGAAUGUUCUUUUUCAAAUACAGAAUUACCAUCAAUGAGCAGUGAAGCUUGUAGUGGAGAAGAGAAUUUGGAGAAUCUGCCUGGGCCUCUCUUUGAGUUGCAGAUGACUGGCCAAAGCUACAGUAUUUACAAUGCUGUUUAUGUGGUGGCACAUUCUUUGCAGAAAAUACUCCAUCCAUUUCUUCAAGGCAUUUCUUUUAACAAUUCAGCUGGAGAGAGAGUGUUCCUGAAUGAGAAACGGGAAGCAACAGGUGGAUUUGACAUUAUCAAUUUGAUCACUUUUCAAAACAGAUCCUUCCAGAGAGUUAGAGUUGGAAAGUUAGAUCCCAGUGCUCCAAAGGGGAAAGAAUUAUUCAUUGAUGAAGAUUUGAUUGUCUGGCACCCAGCUUUUAACCAGGUUCUUCCACUUUCUCAGUGUAAUGACCAUUGUGCCCCAGGAUCCUGGAAGAAAGGGGCUGAAGGAAAACUUUUCUGUUGCUAUGACUGUGUUCCAUGCCCAGAAGGGAAGAUUUCAAUUCAAAAUGAUACAGAUGACUGUUUUGAAUGUUCAGAAGAUCAUUAUCCAAAUAAAGAAAAGAAAGGAUGUAUCCUGAAACUUGUGAUCUUUCUAACUUUGGAAGAAACAUUAGGAAUUGGUUUAGCCUCCACUGCUCUUUGUUUCUUCUUCUUGACAUCUUGGGUCCUUGCAAUUUUUAUUAAGCACAGGGAUACUCCCAUUGUUAAGGCCAACAACCGGGCCCUCACCUACACCCUCCUUGUCUCUCUCCUCUUCUGUUUUCUCUCCUCUUUCUUCUUCCUCAGCCCACCUGGCAGGGUGACCUGCCUUCUCCGACAAUCCACUUUUGGCAUCACCUUCUCAGUGGCCAUUUCCAGCAUCCUGGCCAAAACCAUCACAGUGGUUGUUGCUUUCAUGGCCAUUAAACCAGGUUCCCACAUGAGGAAAUGGGUGGGGAAAAGAUUGGCUUUUUCUACAGUCCUGACCUGCUCUCUCUUCCAAGUAUGCAUUUAUACUCUUUGGUUGUCAACAUCUCCCCCAUUCCCUGAGUUAGACAUGCACUCAGAAUCCAGUGAAAUUAUUCUACAAUGCAAUGAGGGCUCAGCCUUCUUCUUCUACUCCGUCUUGGGCUACAUGGGUAUCUUGGCCAUGGCCAGCUUUAUUGUGGCUUUUCUUGCCCGUGAAUUACCUGACAGCUUCAAUGAAGCCAAGUUCAUCACCUUCAGCAUGUUGGCCUUCUGCAGUGUGUGGGUAUCCUUUUUUCCAGCCUAUCUGAGCACAAAAGGAAAAGCCAUGGUAGCUGUGGAGGUCUUCUCCAUCUUGUCCUCCAGCACUGCAUUACUGGGAUGCAUAUUUUUGCCAAAAUGCUACAUCAUUGUUUUCCGGCCAGAGCUGAACCAGCGGGAGCAACUAAUAAAGAGGAAUUAG